AUGGCCCGUAUCCUUAUAACAGGCUCCACAGAUGGCUUUGGCCUCGAAGCUGCCCGUCAGCUAGUUCAGCGCAACCACACCGUCUAUCUUCAUGCACGAAAUCAAGAGCGUGCAGAUGACGCCAUGGCGAAAUGUCCCGGAGCUGCCGGCGUGCUGAUUGCGGACUUGACAACCAUAGCAGAGACGCACAAGCUGGCCGAGGAAGCAAACGCGAUUGGUGCCUUCGACGCCGUUAUUCUCAAUGCCGGAUUGCUUUACGGCCCGUUCCGCAAGACGCCGGAUACUGGCAUGCCAGCCAUGGUCUUCGUUAACGUCGUCGCACCCUAUAUCCUCGCUUGUCUCCUCAAACGACCCAAGCGUCUUGUCUUUAUCGCUUCUAUCCUACAUCGAGAAGCCAACACGAACGUCAAGGAUAUUUUCUGGUUGGAGCGUGGGGAAAAAGAGUUCCAGGAUUUCUCAGCAUACUGCGAUUCGAAGUUUCAUGUUGUGCUUCUUGCCAAUGCAGUGGCAAGGCGGUUCGAUGACGUCUCGGUCACGGCUGUGCAUCCUGGAUGGGUUCCUACCAAGCUUGCAGGUCAAGAUGCUCCCGGCAAGUUGGAGGAUGGUGUCGAGACAUACGUCAUGCUGGCCGAAGGUGAUUACGAUCAAAGUCUCACCGGUGUCUAUUUUGACCCCAAAAGGAAGAUGGGCGAACCUCUUGCAGUAACAGCGGACCAAGAUUUGCAGGAAGCCGUCGUCAAGGCUUGCGAGGAUGUCACCGGCCUUAAGCUGGUAGCCUCCCAAUCAUAG